AAUUAUCCAGUUUAAGGAAGGCUGUUGUUUGAACCAAAACGGCGCUCCGGGCUCCAGUGGUCUCUGAACUGUUUCUGACACAGGUUAUGGUCAAGAGAACAGCUAGUCUGCGGGCACGGAGAUUCUGAGAGGACACCGGAGGAGAAAAAUGAGUUCUUGGAAAUCAUUAGGGGGCCUGAAUGCUUCUAUGGACUGGAUUGGUGAGGAAUGCUUGCCAGAAAUUACCCUCCUUGAUGAUACAUGUAAUUCAACUCUUCCUAACAGUGUGUCUGCCACACCUGUAACAGCUGGGUCCGUGAAAAGCAGGUUUACCUCUCGCCAGCCUUCCCACUUUAGUUCCUCCCCCAAUUUAAACGCCACUGCUCAAAUACCCUGCCCUCAGAAUAAGACUCUGGAUCUUCUGCAAUCUAAUGUGAGCAGUCCCAAAGCGGACAGUUUUGAUACUGAACCUUCUAAACACAAUGGCACAAAAGAUGUGUCAGAAACAAGCUCAAUUAACCAUGCCGGCACUGAAGAAAACUAUUCUGAAGUCCACUCUCCUGAACUGUCCAGACACAGUGGAACAACAGAGAUUGACAUUGAGGCUCCUGAGCAAUGGCUUGAUGUCCGAUACUUCCCGGAUAUUACUCUGCUUGAUGUUACACGUGAUUCAGAGAUAACGCAAGACAGGGAUUUAUCCUUCAUGGCGGUUACACCGGAUAUUAAACCAGUGGAUAGUUUGAAAAACAACAUGCCACCCUCAGAGUUGAGUGGACAAAUUGUGGCAGAACCUGGCAAAUUGAACACAAAUCGAAGUGAAGAAUUGUCAGGUACUCUUACUGGCAAUGUCCUCCACAAUACAAGCUCCUCUAGUGGAUCUGAUAAAAGUGUGGGGGAAAACAUAAAGCAAACUUCCUUGGACGCAACUUGGGAUAUUUCUAAAGGCAGUGUUUUGGACAACAGUCAGCCUUCGUUGGAGCCCAGUGAACCAAACAUGGUGAAGAUUCAAACAUCCGCUCAGGAAGUACUCGGUACCCCUCCUGCUAAUGUUACUCACGACAUAACCUCCUCGAGUGACGUGUCUGUUUAUUGUGCUCCAUCGCAGUUCUCUACUUCUGAUAUGCAGUGCACCACUAGUUCAAAUGAUGUCCCCUCUGAGCUUCAUGUUGAACCUGUGGUGACUUCUAAUACUGUGGAAGCUAACAGUGAAGAGAUAUUUACCAGCCAUGACGCUGAGUUGAGCAGCAAGAUUCCGCAACCAAGCCCAAAAACAGCUGGGUCUGUGAACAGCACUUUUACCUCUCUCCAGCUCUCCCAGUUGAGUUCCUCAACCAAUUUAAACACAACUACUCAAAUACUCGUGCCUCAAAAUAACACGCUGGAUCUUCCCUCGUCUAAUGUAAACGGUCCCGAAGCGGGGAGUGAGGCUACAGAUCAGGAUACUUCGGUCUCUAAGAAUGUCACAGAAACUUCCCUGAUUAUGAAUCAAAAUCGUUCAGCUGAAAGGGCAAGUGGUUCAUGUGAUAUGCAGAAUGCCACUUUUGAUAGACGUUCCCUUCAAAAAUCCAGUGGCAAUACUGUUUUAGGGGACGCUGGUGUUGCAACCUUUUGCCUCCAAAACAUUUCCGAUACCAAAUCUACUAAGCAGAACAGCACAAUAACUUUGUCAGAAAAGAGCGUCAUCCAAAACAACACUUUCAAUACUAAAUCUACUAAGCAGAACGGCACAAUAACUUUGUCAGAAAAGGACAGUCACCAGAACACUUUCGACCAGCCCUCUCCUCUUAACGUCUGUAAUGCAACAAGUAGCCCUAAAGAAAAGCAUUCUGAAGUCCAGCCUCCUGAACUAUCAACACCUAAUGGGACAAUCGAUAGCACAGACCCUAUUGCCAACAUAGUUGACACCCCUGAGAGCACAUUUGAAGCUAAUCCAGCUGUAGAAGUGGCUUUUAGAGUUGGCCGACGUGAGACUAAGGAUCAUUCCCAAUCAGCUCUGUCUUUGACAGAUGAUCUUUCCCUCACUUUGGGCCAUCAAAGCAUGGAUACGGAGAACAUCAAAGCAAAGCCAUUCAAUUGGGAUGAUCCCCUAGAUUUGAGGGCAGACUCUCUGAUCACUUCAACACCAAUGACUGAUUGUAAAAUUGCAAACCUAAACAUUCAACGAGAGGAGGGCAAAACCAUAGGGGCACAGAAAAAGCUGUAUGGGGAUGGUCCCAGUAAGCCAGAUGCUCAGAUGCCAUCAGAAAUUCCAUCAAACAUCAUCUGUGACCGAAAAACAUUCCUGAGGCAACCAGCUUCUAAAUCUCUUUUGCCUCCCCCAAAAACUGCCUCCCAGUUGUUGAGACAAAAGUUACCCUCGGCACUUCCUGGCAGGUUUAAGGCAGCGACCUCUACCCUGCCUGUGACGAGACGACGAACCCAACCCGAAGCUUUGAGAAAUACUGCUGCUUCGGACACAGCCCAGACCACAGCCAGAUCCAGCUUCUACAAGUUGUGUGCUUCAACAAAAGGCGCCAAGCAACCCAACAUGGGCCUGCAGAGAUUGCAGGUGAGCGGCGUACCAACAGGCUGCAGAGCUGCAACGGGUCUCAGGCUGCCGUCGGCGAGAAGCAACGCACCAGCCUCUUCAAACACAAACAAACUCUGUGGGCCUACAGCAGCUAACCCUGUGACGAAGCAACCCUUAAAUGGAGGUGAAGCUUUGCCAAACGCAAAGAGAAAGAAAAUGGAUGCUGCAGUGCCAGCCAUUACUGCUGCUGAAAUCUCAACAUCUUGCGAUGGUGUUAGCAGAGCCAAAGCCCUGAAACAGCCUGCGGCCAACCAUGGAGCUCUGCAAGCUAAACCCAAAGGCCAUGGUUGCGCCAACUGCAUUCUGCUUGAACAGCAACUCAAAACACAAUCGGUAGAACUAAGGAGCCUGAGAGAAGAGCUGCUGAAGAAAGGGAGGAAGAAGGAUAAUGAUGUGUAACCAUUAAACAAUAUCAGAAAGGUGGAUACCAGCAGAAUAAGGGAGGCUACAAUCGAGGUGGUUACA